AUGACGUUCUUCCGCGGUAUGGUGCUGGAGAGGGGACGACCCCCCACCCCUCCUAAAUGCAGCGCUCACCGCCUGCGAUGGGCCGCACAGACCAUCCUGGCAAUAAAAGAGGAGCGCCUUCUCAAUUCGCAGAAGUCCUUUGACGGCUUGCUGUCCCUCAUACCCGCCAAGAUGUACUAUGGAGAAGACACAGCAGACCAAUGGCAAAGAAAGAAGCAAACCAAAGCUGAGGCUGCCGAAGCCAGACGUAACAAGCUCGACCCCGACAGUGAAUUGAACCGGAGCGUCAAGGAAGUCAUGGACGAGCAGGCACGAAAGAAGCGCAAGCGCGAUCAGAUGCAAGACGGUGACGGUGACAAUGACGAGUGGUCCGAUGUCGACGGUGUCGAGGCUGAGAAGCCCCGCCAAGGACUGAAGAAGAAAACCGCCAAGGAGUCAAAGAAGCAGAAGAAGGAAGACGAGGAAGCAUCGAGGCUGGCCGAGGAGGAGCAGCGCAAGGAAGACAAGAAAGCAGCGCGAAAGGAACGCAAGGCCGAACGACAGCAAUUGAGGGACGAAGAAGCCGAGUUCGAGCGGAGAAAGAUCAAGGGCGUCAACAAGAUCAAACUUGGGCCACGAGAGGGCAAGGAAGAGUUGCAGGAGGCUGACAAACCCGCUGGGGACGAGGACUUGGACCCUGCGAAAAUGCCCAGCAUCGAUGAAGAUGACAGCUCCGAGUCCGCGCCGUCUGAUCCCCAAUCCCCUGUCUUUGACACGAACGGUACACCUACAGAUUCCACCGGUCAACCUCCCAGUACUACCACAUCCGUCUCCUCAACGAUCCCCGCAUCCGAAAAGCCUAAACACAUCAAGAUACCCGCCGAUUCCACCGCGCUACGUGAAAGACUCGCAGCAAAGAUUCAGUCCCUCCGAGAUGCACGGAAAGCCGAUAAGGACGGGCAGCCUAUCCGCACUCGCCAGGAGUUGAUCGAAUCCCGGCGCCAGAAGCAAGCAGAGCGCAAGGCACGCAAGCAGGAGCUUAGACAGCGGGCCAAACACGAAGCGGAUCAGAAACGUGAAGAGGCCCUUGCAUCAGCGCGCAACUCUCCUGGUGGAAUACUCAGUCCUGCUAUCGACUUGGAGAACAACAACUUCUCCUUUGGCCGCGUUGGAUUUGGUGAUGGCACCCAACUCUCCCACGACCUUUCACACGUUUUGAACAGGGACAAGAAGAAGGGACCGGCCGAUGCAAAGACUACCCUUCAAAAACUUGAGAACCAGAAGAAACGGUUGGACGAGAUGGACGAAGCGAAGCGCAAGGACGUCGAGGAGAAGGAAGUGUGGCUCACGGCAAGAAGACGUGCAGAAGGGGAGAAGAUCAAGGAUGACGAGAAGCUGCUGAAAAAGACAGUGAAGCGCAAGGAUCACGCCAAGAAGAAGAGCACCAGCGAGUGGGCUGCUAGAAAGGACGGCGUGGCCAAGAGCAUGAAGGACCGGCAGAAGAAGCGCGAAGACAACAUCAAGAAGCGACGGGACGAGAAAGCCACGGGCAAAGGCGGCAAGAAGAAGGGAGGAGCCAAGGGAGGAGCCAAGAAGGGCAAAGGCCGCGCUGGCUUCGAGGGCUCGUUCAUAGGAGGCAAGAAGAAAUGA